GGUACUAGGCUUUGAGUUUGCAUCCCGUGUGGUAUAAGCUAGCCGUUCUUGGCUCAGGAGGCAUUAGAAAGUCUGCUUUGACUGCACAAUUUGUUUUAAGGAAUUUUUGUUGAAAAAUAUGAUCCUAUGACAGAAGAUUCUUAUAGAAAGCAAAUUGAAGUAGAUGCAGCAUACGCUAGAAAUCUGGGAUACUGCAGGAACGGGACGAUUUACAGCAAUGAGGGAUUUGUACAUGAAAAAUGGACAAGGCUUUGCGUUAGUUUAUUCCAUCACAGCACAGUCCACAUUUAAAGAUUUACAAGACCUGAGAGAACAGAUUCUUCCAGUUAAAGACACUGAUGAUGUUCCAAUGAUUCUUGUUGGUAAUAAUUGUCACUUGGAAGAUGAAAGAGUUGUAGGGAAGAAACAAGGUCAAAAUCUAGCCAGACAAUGGAACAACUCUGCAUUCUUAGAAUCUUCUGCAAAAUCAAAAAUAAAUUUUAAUGAGAUCUUUUAUGACCUAGUGCAGCAAAUUAACAGAAAAACUCCAGUGCCUGGCAAGGCUUGCAAAAAGUUGUCAUGUCAGCUGCUUUAAUAUACUAAAUGCAUUGCAGCUCUGAGCUAGGUCUGAAGAACUGUUGCCCAAUUCAAUAGUGCCAGCAUUCCAACUGUGUUAAACCUACCAACAUCUUAAACGGACUUUCCUGUGGUGGUACCCUU